AUUGGCUUGCGUGAAUCUGAAUCUUCGUCCUUCACCCAUCCUUCCUGCACAGUGCACGCAUCGGGAACCAACCUUUUUAAACCACCAGCGCAAACUACACUUUUUUUUUAGUAACUCUACCCUCCAGCGGCCACUGUCUCUCUCUCCUCCUCUCUCCCCGAUCCAACAUCAUCCACCUCCAAUCGUUUUUGCAUACCUAAUCAGCCCUCUGUAACACACAUUAUUGUCUAUAUUUCUGAACUAAAACUAAUAUUUCAUGUCCUAAAAGCACUACAGGACGCGUGAAAAGAGAUCUUUAUAUUUAACACUCUUGUCCCUGUUGCUCGACAACCACAACGCGUGUUUAUCUCCAACAUUCGCUUACCUCUUUCUUGGAUUGGUCCUGUUGGUCAGACGAAAAAAAGGAAGCAAUUAUACAUCCUGGAAAGAAAUAACAGGAGAGGAAGAGGAAAUUCAAAGUAUAAUAUUAUUUAUUUAUUCACUCUCGUUCUAACAGUUUUCAACCAAUGAGUCGGGCCUGGAGCAGAACGAUUUCCAACGCCUUCUGAUUACUUAUCGAAACACCAUCACAUUAAUCUACAAUCAAAACAACAUUCUAUUGCACCACGGUCUUUCACGCAUUUUGUCGCAACGAAGGUUACGAAAGAGCCAUGGCCAGCUCUCCAGAAUCGCACCAUGUGAGUCUGCCUAGGCCCGCGAGUGUAAUGAUGAGAGGAGCACCAAGAUCGAGUAGUCGGAUGAGCAGCAAGACUGGAGGAAGUCGAGCCUCGGACGAAGAUGGUAAAACUGCUGUCAAAGUUGGUAUGGAUAUCUUGAUUUGUUUUGUAUGUGUCGCCCACAAAGGCUAAUCAGAGUUACUUUUGCAGUUGUGCGAGUUCGACCACCCCUCCGACAAACCGAUCCUGGCUACGAUCUCAUUCCACAAAGAUUUCAACGACCUAUGGUACAGGUUAAUUCACCCACGACCUUGGCGAUUGAUUCUCCACAGGGAAAGAAGAUAUUUGUGUUUGACAGAGUAUUCAGUGAAGAUGUGGACCAGGAAGGAAUUUGGGAAUACUUGGUAGAGAGCACAAAUACCUUCAUUCAAGGAUAUAAUGUCUCUAUGCUGGCAUAUGGACAAUCCGGCGCUGGGAAGUCCUUUACAAUGGGUACAUCCGAUCCAGACGAGCAAGGAAAAUCCGAGGUUAUGGGUAAGUUAGACACCGUUGCACUCGAUCCGAUUAUUGAACUGCUGCGCAACGUGUUGUAAUUGCUCAAAUGGGAAAAAUGCUAAUGUACGCGCGAUUGUCUAGGUGUUAUUCCACGUGCGGCCAUGGCAAUAUUUGAGAAACUCGGCGUCGGGAAACCGCAGCAAUCCAAUCGGAGCUCCAUGACUGGUCUACGAGCUCCCAAGAGGUAUUCCACGAUUCCUGCUGCUGUGUCUGCGGAGGACAAAAAUUGGACUCUCAAGGCAACGUAUGUCGAAAUUUACAAUGAGCAGCUGCGAGAUUUGUUAGUUCCCGAACAUACACCUCCCCAUGAACGAGAGGUGGUCAAUAUUCGAGAGAACACCAAAGGUCAUAUUCUUCUUACAGGAUUACACCAGGUAGAGGUCAAUACUGUGGAAGAUCUCAUGGCCGCACUCAAUUUCGGAUCUAUGAUUCGCCAGACUGAUGCAACCGCGGUCAACGCCAAAUCUUCACGAUCUCAUGCUGUGUUCAGUUUAAAUCUGGUCCAGCGCAAAACCAAAGGGACACAAGGCGCCGAAAAGAGAUUUUCCGUUCCACUAGAAGCCAUGACUGGCGCAGAUAUGGUAACAAUUGACAGCAAAUUCCAUUUUGUCGAUUUAGCUGGCAGUGAGAGAUUAAAAAAUACCGGCGCACAAGGAGAAAGAGCCAAGGAAGGUAUUUCCAUCAACGCUGGUUUGGCUAGUUUGGGCAAGGUUAUAUCGCAAUUGUCAUCCCGACAAUCCGGAUCCCACGUGUCGUACCGAGACUCUAAGCUCACCAGAUUACUCCAGGAUUCACUUGGAGGUAACGCAAUCACUUACAUGAUUGCAUGUGUCACGCCGGCAGAAUUUCACCUCAGUGAAACCCUGAACACAGUUCAAUAUGCUCAACGCGCCCGUGCCAUUCAAAGCAAGCCUCGAAUUCAACAAGUUUCAGACGAAAGCGAUAAACAGGCUGUCAUCGAUCGCUUGAAAGCCGAGGUCGCUUUUCUUCGGGAUCAGAUUAGCAACAGUGAAAGCGGGGGUGAUCGUCGUAGCAAGCCCACGAGUGAGAGGCCCGAGCGACAAAACGAACGAGAAGUGGAAUUGCACAAUCAGCUACUGGACACGCAGGAAAAUUACACGGCACUUAGCAAACGACAUGCUAAGCUUAUAUCGGAGUUGGCUAGGGCUCGGGAUGAGGAAGCUGCUGAUAACCAGGCUCAUGAAAAUACGUUGGGUGACAGUGCUACAGAGAGACUAAAACGCUCGAACUCAUUCGCCGAAGCGGUUGAACAAGUGGUCCUCGAAUACGAAAAGACAAUUCAAAGUCUUGAGCAUUCCCUCUCUAGCACUCGAUCAUCUUUAGCAAAUACCGAAACCCAGCUACUGGAAAGGGAGACCAAGUGUGCUUAUGCUGAGACGGUCAAUCAACAACUCCAAGCACGCUUACAGAAAUUGGUUGAUCGAGAGGCUAAUACCGAAAGUUAUCUACACGACCUAGAAACGAGGCUCGAAGGCCAUACUUCAGGCGAAGACAAAAAUUCGGCAAUCGUAAUGGAGCUUCGCAAAGAGAUUGCUCGCAUUCGCGAAAAUGAAGCUACAUCUGAAGAUUACAUUUCAACCCUCGAGGAACGUUUAGCCGAGGCUGAUCAAGAUUCGGAGAUGAUGCAACGUGAAAUCGAGCGAUUGGAGCACGUUAUUGAACGCCAACGGAGUCUCGGAAAAUUGGACAGCCUGCUCUAUGAUUUAGAUCAGAUUCAGCAUGAUGGGAAAAGUGGAGACGAGAAAAGAGCCAUGAGCAGCAAACGAUCUUCGUCCAUUGACAUGAACAGCCGUCGACAAAGCCUUACAAGUAGGAGAAACCAAAAUAAUGUCAUUCUAGAGACCGACAAUGAGAGUGACGAGGAUUUUUCGGUGAGCCCGGCAAGUGGCAAAAGACCCGAAACCGAUGGCCCCGCCGACCAUGGAGAAUCGAUUGAACUCGGAACUCCCCUGCAGUCGCUGAGUGAGGAGAUCGGUAGUCAGUAUUCACCUCAAAGCCCAGCCCAAUCGAAGUUCGUUGAGGAUAAGCUCGAAAGCGUUACUCAAGAACUCGUUGACCUAAAAGUUGAACAUGAAGCUACCAUUGGGGAAUAUGACCUUCUUUCCGCUAAAUAUGAGGAAGCUCUUCGUACAUUGGCCGAACUUCAAGACGCCGUUGACGAAGCUCGCCAUCCUGGUGCACGUGAUCCUCCAUCGGUGGCUCAGACACCGACAUCAGCUUCUUUUUUAGCAGACGCGAGGGUGAACGAGCUAAGAGGUGGAGGACAAUACUCAUCCUCGCGAUCGCUCUCAUCGGAAUUGUCCUCAGCUGGGGAACUACGCACUACCACAGAACAAUCUGAUGCUGAAGCCGUGAUCAAAAAUUCCGAGUCAGUGUCGACUUCGGAGCAGGCCAGUGACACGACGAGUACGGCGGAUGUUGAAAGCUUGAGAAAGUUGGGCGCCGAGCAAGAAGAGGCACAAAUGAUGCUUGCCGAGAAAUACGCCCAAUUAGAGGAGGAACACAUAGCAGCACUCGAUCGUAUGGAGGAACUCAAGGCGGAGGUAUCGAAAGCGAGAAUGAAUGCCGAAGCUUCAUCACCGCGCUCAGUCACACCAGUUAUACGUCGCAAAUCGAGUCAAAAUGUUAUGAUCAUAGAUCGAGCUCAUAGAUCAUUCGCCUCUUUGAGAAAUAUUGCAGCCGACAAUUUCGAGAAUAACCCCGACAUUAUGGCCAACUUCGAAUUGAAUUUGAACACUGCAAUGCACGAAUUACAUACUCGUUCGGAGCGAAUUCAGGAGCUUGAAGCGGACAUUACUACGGCCAAGAAGGAGUUAGAUACUAAGACAACUAUUAUUAGUGGGCUUGCGAGAGAGAGAUCGAGCAUGAAGGCAUCGCCAAUGGAUAUGUCGGUGGUCUCGACUAUGCAGGACCAGAUAAUCAAUUCUGAGAAUCAAGUAAGGAUGCUCCAGGAAACUCACAGUGUUCGUGAAAAGGAGCUACUGCAACAAAUAGAAUCUCUUAGGAAUUCUGCCAACACCCACCCUAUAGUCGAUGGCGACUCUGUUAACAAAGAGGCCAAUGGAACAGAUGACAAUCAUGAAAGUAAAAUUGCAGAACUGAAAGCAGAAGUUGUCAAUUGGGAAAGAAGGCAUCAGAAUGCCUUAACUUCCAUGCAAAGUUCCCAAAAUGCACUCGAAGCUACGAUAUCUGAGUUGGAACGACAAUUGUCAAGUCUGACUACUAGUGAAGAUAAGAGGGCUCGCGAAAUCGAAGACCGCCAAACUCAUGUUGCAAACUUGCAAAAAGAAGUUGACGAACACAGGGCAGCCGUCGCCGCGAGUGUCGCGCAAAUUGCCGAGCUCCGGCAAGCUCAUGCAUCAACACGUGAACAGCUUGAUGGAGCCAUUCAGUCAAAAAAUAUCACAUCCGCAGAGAUGGAGGGACACAAGAUUCUUGUGGCUCGGCUGGAAGAGCAGAUUGCCGGGCAUGAAAAUAUUGUCAAGACUCACCACGAAGGACUAAGCUUCUUGCAUGCGAACCAUGCUAAGGAGGUUGAAGAAAUCCGCUCGAGUAGCAAGGCUGACCAUGAUGCUCAGUUAGCCGAAUUGAAGGCCAAGCAUCAGGAAAACAUCGAUGCACUGUCAAGAGAGCUCUCUGACGCCCGUGGUGAUUUGGCAAAGAUCGCCACGCAAGUUGCUUUUGCACUUGGAGUUGACGUCAGCACAGAGAAGCUUCAAGAUAGAAUCACGGAUCUUAUUGCCAACCAGAAAGCUCUUUCCGAUGAGGAAAGUAGAGCGGGCGAGCUUGAGAAGUACACCGAAGAGCUGUCGACGAUUAAUCAAAGUGUUAUGAAGGAGCUCGAAACUACCAAGGCCGAACUGGCUAGUCUUCUAGCGGAAACUGCGGAAGGUUCUAGACUGAAGGAUGAAAAUGCUACGGUUGCAGAUCAAUUGGCCGCUUUGAGGAAGGAGCUUCACGACCUCGAGACUAAGAACAAGAAGAACUCAAGACUGGUAGAGGAGCUUGAGGACCAACUGGCCUCAAACUUUGAUGAGCACCAGGCUGCUAACAAUCGCCUCUCUACGCUCCAAACAGAGCGCAAUGCCCAAUUGGACGAAGCCAAUGCAAAUGCUCUCCGUGCCCAGACCGAGUUGGACGCGAUCAAGGAGGAAUUCGCCAGUCUUCAAGUGAGUCACAAAUUGUGAGAUCUUUUAUGAUAUAUCUGACUAAUAAAAUAGGCCAAAUAUGACGAGAUUAUGCAGUCCGACCCGAAUAAACAGCGUUCCAACUCGAUGACUUCGCGACUCCACAAGUCUGCAUCCGUGACAUCACUUCCAUCACCACCACCUGCAAUUCCCUUACCGCCACUACCUGGAAUUGCAGGAACAGCACAGAUUGGUCCGGCUCCUUCAACAUCACCAGUCCCACCAACACCUACCCAAGGUAGCUUCAAUAGCCGCAAUAGCAAGGACGUAGCUGCAACUCAAAUCCAAGAAGAUCAAGAAGCUCGUAUCCGCACUAUCGAAAAGCACUUAUUCGCUGAGAAGCAACUCACAUCUACGCUCGAAGAGGCUCUGACAGAUCUUGAGAGACAAAGCAACAAGGUCAAAGCCGAUUGUGAUGCAUGGCGAAAACGUGCCAACGAACUGGAAGUGGAACUGAAAGCGGCUGAAGAAAAAGCCAAGAAUGGUGAUGCGGAGAAGGAGAAUCGUUGGAGCUUGAUGCAAGUUGAAGAGGAGAAACGCAAGAGAAAAGAGGCAGAACUCGCGAGAGCUCACCUUGAAGAACGUAUGAAUGCUCUGAGUAGCAAGAAAAAGAAGAAGGGCAGUUUGAAUUGUUUCUAAAGAGAAAUUGAAAGUCCUGCUCCAGGAUCUUCAAGUUGCGUGUCUUGCGACGAUUCUUCUAGUUCUUGCUUUUACUACGAUUUAUUUCACAUUUACCUCACAUACUCUAUUUCACGACAUUGUAUUUUUUUCCUCAACGAAUUCAUGUGCCACAAUGUCCCAGCAUGGCGAGCAUUCUGAAGAAGCAAUAUUUCACAUAUUGCGACUAUGACACAAAUCUGAUGUCUAGAAUCGAAGUCUUUUUUACUUCCUAUUUUAAUUUUUUUCUUGUACUUUAACGUCCCGCGAUUUUACGAGAUACCACAAAUUUUUCCAACUUAUUUACAUUUAUUUUUUGACAUUUUGAAUUUGGCGAAGGUGUUCAAGGGCGCGAAACGAAAAUGACAAUUAACGGUCAUGAUGGGUACCUUUCUUUGCUUUGCUUCUUUGCUAGACUAGCGGAUGAUCUUUGCAUUCCUGCUUUUUGAAUCUUCUUUUUCGACUUCGGGAGGAGAAUUAUCUUUCUUUUUCUAUCAUCCUCAUACAGAGAUACUUAGUCUUUAUUCUUCAUGUGAUAUGGUAGGGGUGGCUGAUGGAUGGUGCUUUCCUGAUGGGGGUUUUUUGGCCGGGAGAAGAUAAGAUACACACUGGUAGUUGAAAAAGGGAGGCGGAAGUGAUUAGAUGGAAAUUUCGAGCGUAUUUAGAUAUCAAGUGGAGGAUAAUGAUAAAGAUAAAGACAAAGAUAAAGACA